AAGCGGAGAAGCAGAAGGUUGUGUUGUGGUCAGCAGUCCCCGCCUCCGCGGUCAUUCAGUGUUGAUGGAGAAACACAAACAAGAGCUGAACUGUUGAAGGAAUAAAUGAUGUCCUGUUUCAAGUCUUCUUCUGCACCUUCCUACCCAGCUUAAAUGUGUUCCUGGAAACACAUCUGGAUAUUCCACCAAGAGGAACGUUAAGCUGCUGAAACAGGUUAAAUACAAGACUAUGGAAUCCAAAAGACGCAACAAGGAGAGAAAUCACUACUGCUUAGAGUGUGGAAAGAGUUUUACUGUGCAAACUCGUCUCAAAAUACACCAGCGCAUCCACACUGGAGAAAAGCCAUAUCACUGCUCAGAGUGUGGGAAGAGUUUUACUGUACGCAGUACUUUACUAAAACACCAGCGCGUUCACACAGGAGAGAAGCCGUAUCACUGCUCAGAGUGUGGGAAGAGUUUUACUCUACGCAGUACUCUCCAACAGCACCAGCGCAUUCACACAGGAGAGAAGCCGUAUUACUGCUCAGAGUGUGGGAAGAGUUUUACCGCGCAUAGUUCUCUCCACCAACAUCAGCGCAUUCACAAAGGAGAGAAACCGUAUUACUGCUCGGAGUGUGGGAAGAGUUUUACUGGACAGAGUUCUCUCCAACAACACCAGCGCAUUCACAAAGGAGAGAAACCAUAUUACUGCUCAGAGUGUGGGAAGCGUUUUACCGCACAGAGUUCUCUCCGACAACACCAGCACAUUCACACAGGAGAGAAGCCGUAUCAUUGCUCAGAAUGUGGGAAGAGUUUUAUUCAGCCAAGUUCCCUCCAUAAGCACCAGCGCAUUCACACAGGAGAGAAGCCCUAUUACUGUUCAGAGUGUGGGAAGAGUUUCAGGCAGUCCAGUACUAUGAGGACACACAAGUGCACUAAGAGCAGUGGUGAAAAUGGGCAGUAAUGAGUGUAACCUUAACACAUUCCAAGAAUAAAAGUCUGCAGGGAACAUUGCUUCUCCUAUAUUAUCAUGAAAACAAUCAAAAGUUGCACACUCAAUAAGUUGUUUCACUCUUUAAUUUAGUAUAGUGUUUCUGUUGCAGUGUUAGAAGUGUUGAAGCCUUCUUUUGCUUCUUUGAUUCCUACAUGUUAACUAGUUCAUGCUUGUUGAAAUGAAACUGCCACUUUGUCUUUGCCUUUCAAUCUUUAGAUGUUUUCGGUAUGCUGUAUGUUUGGAGUGUUCUUACAGAAGACUAUAAUGAAGGAGAAACGACCCUGAAGACUGUAACAGUGAAGUACUUGCUGCGCUGGGCAAAACUGAACAGCUUUGUAAAGGAGACACAUGUACUCCUGUGUCCUGUGAAGGACAGCAAGAUGCAUUAUAUGGAGAAAAGUAUUGAGACACCUACACAUUACACCUACAGGAGCUUUUAUGACAUCCCAUUCUAAAUCCAUGGGCAUUAACAUGGUGUUUGUCCCCCCUUUGCAGCUAUAGCAGCUUCUACUCUCCUUGGAAGGUUUUCUAGAAGAUUUUGGAGUCUGUGGGAAUAUUUGCCCAUUCAUCCAGAAGGUUGGACGAGAGGGCCUGGCUUGCAAUCUCCAUUCUAGUUCAUCCCAAAAUUGUUUAAUGGGGUUGAGGUCAGGGCUCUGUGAGGGCCAGUCGAGUUCUUCCACACCAGAUUCACCCAACCAUGCCUUUAUGGACCUUGCUUUGUGCAGUGAUGCUGUAACAGAAAAGGGCCUUCCCCAAACUGUUCUCACAAAGUUGGAAGCAUACGAUUGUCCAUAAUGUCUUUGUAUGCUGAAGCAUUAAGAUUUCCUUUCACUGGAACUAAGAGGUCUAGACCAACCCCAUGAGAAACAACCCCAUAGCAUUAUCCCUCCUCCACCAAACUUUACAGUUGGCACAGUGCAGUCAGGCAUGUAACGUUCUUCUGGUAUUCACCGAACCCAGACUGGUCCAGCAGACUGCCAGAUAGAGAAGUAUGAUUCCACAGAACACAUUUCUGUUGCUCCAGAGUCCAGUGGCAGCGUGCUUUACAAUGGCAUGUUUAAAAUCACUGAGCUAUCAGUACAACCCAUAUCAAGACUGCAAGGCUGUGUGCUUUAUUUUAUCCACCUGUUAGCAAUGGGUGUGGCUGAAACACCUGAACUCAAUCAUUAAGAGGGGUGUUCCAAUUCUUUCUGUCCAUGUAGUGUAUCAAGGUAUCUGAGUGAUAUACUGGUUCUCUCUCCUCAGUAUGGCGUACUCAUGUCUGUUCUACACUGCAUAAAGUUACAUACAGGCCAGAUUGCAACUCAUCUAUGAACUUUCAGUUACUAUUUUGAGAGACUUUAAUGACUCAUGUUGAUGUUGUUUGUGAUGCUUGGAGAGUGAUUGUUUCUUGAGAAGGAUGCCGUGACAGGAGAUAAGGUCUUGUUUAUGCCAAUCUUCAAUCUGUCCUACCAGACAUGCUGGCGGCCAAUGGUACAGGAGUUGGAACUGGGUAUCUCCAUCACUUUAGAACUGGGUAAGGGGUGACCGUUUUGGGACAUUUAAGACGUUGGGCAUGACUGAGAGUGACUCUUGCUGAUGUUAUUAAGAUAGGCAUGAAGUACAUGUUGACUAAACCGAAUCAAUAUGACAUUGUUCAGUUUUGUUUCUGAACCAUUUUAAGUCGCAUUAUAUUUUUAUCUAUUUGUAUUUUAUAUUUGUGAUGUUGAAUCAAUGUGUAUGCAAUUCUCCAUCUAGACUGUCUUAUUUAUAUGUUUUGCAUAAAGUUAUAACUACUGUUAAGCGAGUGCUCACAUCAUACUUAAAGAAGGAUGUCAGUAGGCUAAAACUAAGAUCUCUCCCUUAGUUUUAGCCUACUGAUAUCUUUUAUUUAUUAAUAUUUUGUAUACUUAAGCCUUUUCAUGUAAGGUUAUGUGUGUUUGUGUGAACAUGUUAACCUGUUGAGAUUUUAUUUUUUUUAUUAUUUUAGUUAUAUUGUGUUUCCUGUAGUCCUGGAAAAAACAUUUUUUUCCUAUUAAAUUUUAUAAUCUAUUCAAA